AGCCAUUUACUCAGCAAACCAACUUCCGCCCGUCCACGGAGCAUCAUAAAAAGGGGCCCGAGCGAGCGAAAGCAAGACAGAGGAGGGUUGUAACCCAGCGGUGAAGGUUGACACGCUAUCUGCUGCAGACAUUACUGUGAGCACCGCGCACUGCCUGACUUCCAUGGCCAUGAUGAGUGAAUCCUUCCUGUGCCUAGCUAUCCUGCUGGUUGCCGUGACGACUCCAGCCCUGACCGCGACCAGUGCCCAACUGGCUGAGCUCGGGAGCAACUUUGGGAUCCGUGUCUUUCAGGAAGUCGUCAGGUCCUCCGGUGACCAGAACGUAGUCCUCUCCCCCCACGGCGUGGCGGCGCUGAUGGGGAUGGCGCAGCUGGGGGCGGCAGGGAACACGCUCCGCCAGCUCGAGGGCGUCAUGCGGUACCGGCUGAAUGAUAAUGGUGUGCCUCUGGCCCUGAGGCAGCUCCGUAAAGAUCUCAUUGCCAAGAGCAACCAGGAUGCUGCCUACGUCGCCAGCUCUGUGUUCGUCCAGAGGGACAUGCAGCUGCCAGCGGCCUACAUGAAAAAGUACAGGAAGACAUUCAACAGCUGGCCAAAGCAGCUCUUCUUCCAGGACAACGCAAAGGCCACCUACAUCAUCAACAAAUGGGUGGAGGUGAAAACCCAAGGAAUGAUACAUGACUUUCUCCACCCAGGCUUGCUGGAUCCUGCUCUGACCCGCAUGGUUCUGCUCAAUGCCAUUUUCUUCAGGGGCCUGUGGAAGAUGCCAUUCCCCACCGAGGGCACACAGCUGCGCGAGUUCUACAAGGCAGAUGGGACGAGGAUUAUGGUGCCCAUGAUGUCACAGAUCGCCAAAGUGAAUGCUGGUGAGUUUGUGACUCCCAGUGGCAUGGACUACGAUGUCAUCGAGCUGCCCUAUCAUGACGAGACGUUCAGCAUGUACAUUGCCGCCCCGUACCAGAAGAGAGACCCGCUGUCCUCCCUCACUAACGUCGUCGACAUCCAGCUGGUCAACGAGUGGAAGAUGAAAAUGCACCUUGUCAAACGCCAGGUUGCCCUGCCCAAAUUUUCCCUGGAGACAGAGAUCAAUCUGGAAAAGCCACUGGAAAACAUGGGAAUAAAGGAUAUGUUUAAAAGUGCAGAGGCAAACUUCAGUAACAUGAGCAAAACCAAUAAGCUCUUUGUGGCUCAAGCUCUACAGAAGGUGAAGAUCGAAGCAAACGAGAGUGGAACCAAGGCAUCUGCAGCCACUGCUGCCAUUAUAUAUGAGCGAAUGGCCCCACUUGAAGUCGCGUUCGACAGACCCUUCCUGUUCUUGAUCCGGCACAACCCCACAGGCACCAUUUUAUUUAUGGGGCAAGUUAUGGAACCCUAGAACUACCACCGUGUAAAGACAAUACUCAUACCAUAUCUGGAAAGCUAUAGAGAAGAUUGCAAUUAAACUGGCAAUUAAGCUGCCAUUAGCAAAAUUACUCUGGAUGUUAUCAUUGCUGAGAAAGCCUGGAUGCGUUUCACGUGGCCCUCAAGCCUUCCAUCGCAGCACAGCAAGCCGCCGUCCAAACGCCACCUCUCAAAGUAUUUGCUGUUUCCUUUUGAAAGGCGCCCCGCCACCUUUUGCUAUUGUGAAGGCCGCUUGCCAGUGAGCCGUUGACUCUCUCCCUCAGCGUCGCUAGAAGUAUACUAGAACAUUCCAGAUUUAAUGGCACUUGAGAACCUGUGUAUUAUGUGUGUGCGUGAGUGUGUGUGUAUGGGGGAGGAGGCAGGCUGUAGUUUCAGGUGAUCUCCAGGGACUAGUUGUCCUACUUGCCUUUUGUGAAUGGGUAAUAAAUCCCAUCUUCUCCCUUAUUUAUUUGUAUGUAUCUAUACUGAACCUUGCACUGUUGCCUUCCAAAAAUGUGUUUGAACAUAUGAAAGUUAUAGUUUAGUUUAAUAUAUUUUUUGCGCUUUAUGUAAUUUAUUUCUCUGAUCUUGGAAGCUUUGUAAUUAGUAAAAUAGAAAGUAUAUUGAUUCGUCGUUUGUGAUCGAUAUUCUAUGUGGCGUAACUUUCUGAAUAGGUGCACGAAGGUAGCAUUGCAGCACUGAGCUCACAGUGAACCCGUUCUGGGAACAUAGACAUGUGGGCCAUUCAGCCCCUUGACCCUAUUCUGACAUUUAUGUAGAUCACGGGUUACAAACAUGAGAGAGUCUGCAGAUGUUGGAAAUCCAAAGCAACACACACAAAACGCUGAGUGGAACUCAGGCAGGUCAGGCAGCAUCUAUGGAUGGAAGAGAACA